AAUUUGUAGUGGUCUCUCUAGAAAAUGAUCAACCUUUGUGCUGCUAUAUAUAUAUGCUCCCUUGCUUCACUCUCAUCGAAGUUCUUUUGUGGCACACUUAAGAGGUUUAGUUCACUAAUCAAUCUUGUUCCAAUAUUCAUAUUCAUAACAUACAGAAAUGGGAGUUGGAGGUACAUUGGAGUACUUGUCUGAUCUAAUGGGCAGUGGCCACCACCACCACAAGAAGAAGAAGAAGCAGUUCCAAACCGUGGAGCUAAAGGUGAGAAUGGAUUGUGAUGGUUGUGAGCUUAAGGUCAAAAACGCUCUCUCUUCACUAAGUGGGGUGAAAUCUGUGGAGAUAAACCGAAAACAGCAGAAAGUUACAGUAACUGGGUAUGUUGAACCAAACAAGGUGCUGAAGAAGGCCAAAUCAACAGGGAAGAAGGCUGAGAUUUGGCCCUAUGUGCCUUACAACUUGGUGGUUCAUCCAUAUGCAGUUCCUUCUUAUGACAAGAAGGCUCCUCCUGGUUAUGUGAGGAGAGUGGAGGCCCCUGCUCACACUGGAACCAUCACAAGAUAUGAAGACCCUUACAUCACCAUGUUCAGUGAUGACAACCCAAAUGCAUGCUCUAUCAUGUAGACAAAAAAAAAAUAAUAUAUGCUUUUUCCCAUGGCACUGUAAAUUUAUAAAUUUUAAUGCAUGCUCUAUCAUGUAGACCUUAUAUGCUUCUUUCUGGUCUAUUUUCAAGUUGUUGUUGCUUUCCUAGAGUGUUGUCUUCUUUUUUGGUUUUUACAUAAAAAGAUGAGAAGAGACGUUGCUGUGAUUAUUGUUUUUCUAUUUUUUUGCUUUAGUGUUCCAGAUUGUACACUGUAAUUGCCUCCUUGUAGGUUUGCAGUAGGUAGUUUCGGUGGGCCUUGACCUUGACCUUGAGAUAUGAUAUUGUUUCUUUGUUGUUA